AUGGCAUCUUUUCGGGCAGGCGAUCUAAACAGCGAGAAACCCGAAUUCGAAAGAAAUGAAAAUGUAGAAACGAAUGAUCGUGGCAUUGAGAACGACAGGGGCACUUUCCUCCCUCGUCCAUCUGACGACCCUCGAAACCCACUCAACUGGGCUUUGUCUCUCAAAAUCCUGGUUCUCAUCCAGGUCUGCCUCCUUGCUGCGCUCGGCACGAUUAACACAGCUAUCAUCAACCCAGCCUACAGCCAGCUCGCCCGCGACUUCGACAUUAGCAUUGUCGAAGCCUCGUACCAGACCACCGUCGUCAUAGUCCUCAACGGCAUCGGCCCAUUCUUAUGGGUCCCUCUGGCAAAUGUCUACGGGCGGAGACCCGUCUACCUCUUCACCACGCUGCUGGGUUUUGUCUCCAUCCUCGGAUCCGCCUACGCUCGCACGUAUGGUCAGCUCCUUGGCGCCCGUGUCGUGAAUGGCCUGUUCCCGGCAGCGAUGGCCCUGGGCCCCAGCACGGUGGUGGACUGCUUCUUCGUCCACGAGAGGGGGCGAGCGAUGGGGCUUUUCACGGUGAUGCUGACGACCGGCGCGCACAUCGCACCUAUCUUGGGUGGGCUCCUAGGCCAGUUCCUUGGUUGGCGGUGGAUUUUCAAGUUCACGGCCAUCAUGGACGGGGCGAUGUUCCUCGUUAUCCUCGUCGGGCUACCCGAGACGCUCUACGUGCGUGACAUACGUAUCGCCGACGACCUGACCCAAGUAGCCACGACCGACAUGAUAGAGGAGACCGGGACAUCCCCCCUGGGACCCAAAGCCUACCUCGCCCGCCUUAGACCAUACGCAGGCCCCUUCCCAGGCCUCAAGCUGCACCUGCACGACUUCAUCUGGCCCGCCCUCCGAAUGGCGCAGUACCCCUCCGUCCUCUUCCCAGCAGCCUACUACGCGGCCCAGUACGGGUUCGGGAGCAUCCUCCCGGCCGUGACGGUGGCCGCCGUCUUCAAGGAGCGCUUCGGGUGGGACACGCUCGAGAUCGGGCUCGCGUACGGCGGGGCGCUGACGGUGGGCGGGGUGCUGGGCGAGAGCGUCGCGGGCGUGAUCCUGGACGCCAUCGUGAGGAGGGCGCGGCGGCGCGCCGCCGGGGUCAACCCGGAGCCCGAGGCGCGGCUGCAGGCCAUCUGGACAGGGGCGCUGCUUCUGCCUGCGGGGUUGCUGAUUUACGGUUUUACCAUCGAGUACCGGACACACUGGUUCGUACCGCUCUUUGGAAUGGGUCUGAGCGUGUUUGCGCUGCAGCCUAUAGCCACAACAUGCUAUACGUAUAGUAUUGACUGUUACCGCAAUACUCCACAAUUGUCGAAUUAA